UAUAUAAAUAUAUAUAUCCACAAAAACCAUCUCUUUGCUUCGCUGUUUCUCUCAUUAUUCAUCUCUUCAUCGUUGCUACUUACGUUUCUUCUUCAAUCUCUUCAGAGAUUAAUCCUCCUUUUCGCAGUCUUACAAGGAAGUUGGGCAGUUUAAGCUGCUGGGAUCUAUCAGUUUGUCAAAAGUGGAGUGUGAAGAAUCUUUUAUGUCUGAACAGGCUUCUCUCUUUCAAUCAUCUAUCCGGCUUUUAGGGGAGUACUGUCCUAUAUCUAGGAAAAAGUCCACUCGUAAAGUUGGUGGUUUGCGUCUUGGAUCUUUUGAAGCUGUCAACAACAUCAACACAAGCUGUUUUGGUUUUCAGUUUAUGCGAGCGAGUGAUUAUCACUGUCUCUUCUGACAUUCCUCGUCUGUUUACGUGUUUGCUUGUUUGUUGAGUCAAGAUGGCUUUGCAAAAUAUUGGUGCUUCCAACCGCGACGAUGCCUUCUACAGGUACAAGAUGCCGAGGAUGAUGACUAAGAUUGAAGGCAGAGGCAAUGGUAUCAAGACUAAUGUUGUCAAUAUGGUUGACAUUGCUAAGGCCUUGGGGAGACCUGCUGCUUAUACCACUAAGUACUUUGGUUGUGAGCUUGGUGCACAGUCCAAAUUUGAUGAGAAGACUGGAACCUCUUUGGUCAAUGGGUCUCAUGACACUUCCAAGCUUGCAGGACUUCUGGAGAAUUUUAUCAAAAAGUAUGUUCAGUGUUACGGAUGUGGGAAUCCUGAAACUGAGAUACUCAUCACAAAGACGCAGAUGCUUCAGCUGAAAUGUGCAGCUUGCGGGUUUAUCUCAGAUGUUGAUAUGAGGGACAAGCUCACAUCGUUCAUUCUUAAGAAUCCUCCUGAGCAAAAGAAGUCAUCUAAGGACAAGAAGUCAAUGAGGAGAGCUGAGAAAGAAAGGCUGAAAGAAGGUGAAGCAGCUGAUGAGGAGCUGAGGAAACUCAAGAAGGAGGCUGCUAAGAAGAAAGCAGCAACCACUGGUACCUCGAAAGACAAAAUUUUGAAGAAGAAAGAUCAUUCUCCACCUCGAAGCCAGUCUGAUGAGAAUGAGCAAGCAGACAGUGAAGAAGAUGAUGACGAUGUCCAGUGGCAAACAGAUACUUCAAGGGAGGCUGCUGAGAAACGAAUGAAAGAGCAGCUCAGCGCUGUCACAGCUGAUAUGGUGAUGCUGUCUACAAUUGAAGAGAAAAAGCCAGCAGUUGAGGUGAAGAAGGCACCAGAAGUGCUGCAUGAGAAUGGCAAUAGCAAGAUCCCUGAGAAUGCUCAUGAAAAGCUUGUGAGUGAGAUAAAAGAGCUUCUGAGCAGUGGUUCAUCGCCUUCACAACUCAAAACAGCCCUAGCAUCAAACUCCGCAACCCCCCCUGAGAAAAUGGACGCCUUAUUCUCUGCCCUCUUUGGAGGCGCAGGCAAGGGAUUUGCUAAAGAAGUGAUCAAGAAGAAGAAAUAUCUCGUGGCGGUGAUGAUGACACAAGAAGAUGCAGGAGCUCCUGAGCAGCAGAUGGUUUUGCUUAAUGGAAUAGAAUCUUUCUGCACAAAGGCGAGCGCAGAGGUAGCCAAAGAAGUUGCUCUUGUUAUCAAAGGGCUCUACGAUGAAGACCUUUUGGAAGAGGAUGUGAUUGUUGAAUGGUACAAUAAAGGCAUCAAAACCUCCCCGGUGCUGAAGAAUGUUACUCCUUUCAUUGAGUGGCUCCAGAACGCUGAGUCUGAGUCCGAGGAAGAGUGAUGAUGUGUUUUUUUUAAUUAGUGUCGUUUAGAACUGUGUCUGUGUUUGUUCUGUGAGUCUUGAAUAAGGUAAGAGGACAGUGGCCAAGGUUUCUUCUACAUGUUAAGGAAUACCUGGUGGUCUCUCGGUAUUUGUCUUGAUUUCUACGUAUGUUGUUGUAUGGUUUGUGGCUUUCCUAGAACCUUUCUAUCUAUGAUUGAAACUUAUUUCUAUAUUU